AUGACAUGCCCACCUUACACUGUAUCUGUGUCGCCGCGAGUGCGGGAGAAGUUCCCCGUGCUGGUGUUCAUCCACGGCGAGUCGUACGAGUGGAACUCGGGCAACCCGUACGACGGCACCACGCUCGCCAGCUUCGGCCGCAUCAUCGUCAUCACGCUCAACUUCCGGCUCGGCAUCCUCGGUUUCCUGCGCCCGGAGUUCGGUCCGGACUCAGCGAGCAACCUGGGGCUGCUGGACCAGAUAGCGGCGCUGCAGUGGAUCAAGGACAACAUCGCCGCCUUCGACGGGGACCCCACUAACGUAACGCUCAUGGGCCACGACACGGGCGCCGCCUGCGUCAACCUGCUGCUCGUCUCGCCCAUUACGGAGCAAGGGCUGUUCCAGCGCGCCAUCCUGAUGAGCGGCUCCGCGCUAUCGGACUGGGCGCUGACGGCGAACCCGCGGCCGGUGACGAUCCAGGUGGCGGACGCGCUCAACUGCCCCACGCAGAACGAGCUGCUGGCCUGCCUGCGCCGCCAGAGCCUCGAGGACCUGAUGGCCGUCCAGGUGAAGGCGGCGCCCUUCGUCUCACCCUUCGCGCCCGUCGUCGACGGAACCUCCGUCCCCAACGACCCCGAGCAGAUCAUGGGCGUCUACCAUAGCCUUUUCAGCAGGUACGACCUGAUGUACGGCGUGACGCAGAUCGAGAGCUACCAGCUGUUCGGCAAAGAGGCGCUGGUGUACGGCAUCCUGGAAAAGGUGUGCCUUGAAACGCUGAAAGAUUACAUGCAGGCGAGGUUUCAGAUCCGGACGGAGCUGGCGGUGGGCGAGGCACAGGCGCUGUACAGCCGCGGCGACUGGGACGCGCCGCUGGACGCCGAGGACCACCGCGACGCUCUGCUGCACAUGCUGACCGACGCCCGCGUCGUGGCGCCCGUUGUGCGCACCGGCGACUACCACUCCAGGGUCAACGACCGCUCCUACUUCUACGUCUUCACCCACCGCACCGUCUACGGCGACUACUCCAACUCCAAGCCGCAAGGUAGCAUAAGCGGCGAGGAACUGGCGUACGUGUUCGGUGCGCCCGUGGAGGGGAGCCGCCACCAGCACCCGCACAUCUUCACGCCUUCAGAGAGGAUCCUCUCCGAGAACGUCAUGACGCUGUGGACCAACUUCGCCAAGACUGGGAAUCCAAACGAGCCACACCCUGUGACGAGCAACGAACCUGUAGUGUGGCCCAAGUACGACCGUGAAGGUCAAAGGUUUCUUCAGAUAGACGAGCGGCUGUCGGUGGGCAAGCAGUACCGGCGGCGCUACACGGACUUCUGGAACCGCGUGCUGCCCGAGAAGCUGAACAAGUCGUCGCGCGAGAGCUUCCCCAACACGAUGUCGCCGUACGGGCCGGCGCGCGCGCCGCACCCCGACGUGCAGGUGUCUCCGGCCUGGAGCCCGCCUCCCGCCUACCCGCCGCUGCGCCACCGCCCGCUGCCGCCCCCGCCGCCCCCGCUGCCCGUGCCGCCGCAGCGCACGCGGCCCUUCGACCCGCACUAUAACUUCGAAAAGCCCUUCGGCGCCUCCUCCGGCAACAGAUGGGCGACGCCGCAGCCGCCUGGGGGCGGCGUGCCGUACGGCGAGCGUUCCAUCAACGACCCGCCGGACCACAGGGGUGCCAACGUCAGCUCCGCAGACAAGCCGCACGCCGCAGGCGACGGAGGCGGCAGCGGCGACGAGUUCGGCGGCGACGUGGAGGGGACGGCGUCGCCGGGCGCGCUCGCCGGCUCCUCGUCGGUGGCGCUCACGGUCGUCAUCCUGAUCGGCGUCUGCUUCCUGCUCGUCAACAUGUGCGCGUUCGCGGCGCUCUACUACCAGCGCGACAAGCUGCGCGUCCAGCAGCAGCUGAUGCGCCAGCGCUACGAGGACGUGACGGCGCUCGCCACCUCGGACGAGGACGACGCCGCCGACCGCUACGUCCACAAGAAGGCCGACUCGGCCAGGCCCGCCACGUCCGCCGCAGCUGCCGCCGUCGCCGCGCGCGUCGCCACCGUCGACCGGCGACUCCGCAGGAAGAAGGAGCUCAUUGGCGCGGACGACGACUACGAAGCCAUCCGCAGCGCCGGCCGCACGGUGGAAGGAGCCGUGGCCGUCGCGGCGCCAGAAGCCGCGCUGCCCGCGGAGGAUCUGCCGCUGACGGGGGCGCCGGGCGCGGGGGCGGUGGCGCGGCGCAGCGCCUGGGGGGCGGCGCGCCAGUACAGCGGCAGCACCAUGGACCCUCACACCAAGGUGCGCGAGUGGAUCGCACAGGAGAUCGUUCAGCGCUACUCGCCGCGCUUCCUCCGGCGCGCCAAGAAGACCGAAUCGCACGCGCCGGUGCUGCAGUCGUCGCAGAGCAUCCAGACGUCCUUCGACCGGAUGUCAACGUCCACGGCGACGCCGAGGCAACUCAAGCGGCAGCACGCCAUAGAGACGGCAGAGGUGGCUGUCUCAGCUACACCCGCCGACGUGUCCGGGCCCGGUUCCCACAGGUCCAGGCCGAAGAAAGUCUCCGUCGCCAUUGAUGCCACUCCGUCUGGAAGAGGCUCGAGCGUAGAGCACUCUAUGAGCAAAUCGAUGGACGAGCUCGGGACCUGCGUCUCCACGUCCAUGUUAACCCUCAAGAAACCCGCUCUCAAGCGGUCGCUGACCAUGGCGGAGGACCUAGCUGUUGUGUCCACUUCUAUUUCGCCGAGAAGCUCGUCUUCUGGCGAGCUGUUGAGCAGGAGCACUGCCAACAUCAGCCUGAAGUACACACUUCCCAAUCAGCAGGCCCAAAAUCUCGAUGUCGUCAGAGUGGCACACGCUCAUUCCAGAUCAGAUCCAGCGGCCAGUUCUAACCCACACGUGCCGUCACAACUGUCGGGCUCUAUGAAGAGUGGACAUUCUCAGCCAGCAGAACUUCAUGCCGUAAAUAUCUCCUUAGAUCCUCACACAUCGCCAUCGGUGAUCUACGUCCCUGGCGGAAAGAAGCAGCAAUUGCAGACGUUCCCAACAGGGAUUCAACUUAGGUCUAAGGCUCUGCCAAAGAAAGAUGUUGCAAUUACUGCAUCGCCCAUUCCCGUGGACGUCAAUGUGACGUCCAGAGAUAGCAAUGAAGAAGAAACAGUCCAUGCGGGUGAUCCUCUGUCAAAUAUUCAGAAGAGAAAAUUUCCAAAAGUGCUGCCAGACUUCCCACAAGAUGCUCCUGCCAACGAGGUCGAGAUGACGGCAGCCCAGGCGGCUAACUUAAAGAGGAGGUCGCUUCCACCCAAUUCCCUCUUCAUGGCGUUGCCAGCGUCAGAAGUACCUGGCUCUCAGUCAUCUGCUGUUGCUUCAUCAGCAGCUCCUUCCAAAGACAUUCCAGGAAAGUCGAGUCUCACCAAGGUGCCGCCACCGCCACCGCCUAGGGUAUCCUCGACUCUGGGCCGAAAGCCCUCCAACACGGCUCCCAUCACACCACUUCCCACCAUUCCAGCUGGAGCUGUGCCGGUUCACACCAGUUCCGAAAAGAAGACACAGGCAGCUGCGGAGGUGCCUGCCGCAGCUACAGCUUCUGCACCGUCCCAUUACCAGAGGAUCGAGCCGAGGGUCAUCAUCAAGCCGACCAUCACUAGUCCACAGACGAAGAAGGCUCAGGCAGCCCGCGGUCUGCAGAGCAUACCUCGCGUCACACCUAGCGAUCCAGUGACGCAUCCGGCACCCGGACCGCCGUCGCCGCGCUCGCCGGUGCAGGAGGAUAAACAACCUCAGCUUAGACCGGCUGAUCCGUAUGCGCUUCCUAUGGCUAGGCAGCUUCCGACAGUUGCCACUGUCCACCAAGCACCGAGUAGUCCUCAACAGCCUUUCCAGAGCCUUCCAGUUGUCCAAGAGGAGGUUAAUCACCCGCAGCAGCAGUCGGCUGUAGCUUUCGUCGCGCCCCAGCAGAAAGCCCAAGCGAAGCAGACAGCGGCGGGGAAACAGGCACCGUCCUCUCCGGGCAAAAAGCGCCUGCAGCCCAUUCUAAAAGUUGUCGCGGAGACGUCGACGGACCCCUUCGAGGACACCGACUCCAGUACCGGAACGGUAAAACGCGUGAAGCGUCCCGCAGCGAAAGCCGCCCAAGGGCAGACUCAGACGCAGCGGAAACCGGCGACCGAGGCAGUGCAGCACGCGAGUCCGAAAUCGACGCAGAAGGCUGCGCAACAGGCGAAGCAGCAGACCGCUGCGCAGCAGACGACGCAGCCGGCGGCACAGCAGGUGUCGCCGCAGACCAGAGCGGCGGCGGCUACGGCCAGCGCCACGACGAGCACCUCGGAACUGAGUUCGCCCUUGACCGAGGGCCGCGCUCACCCGCCGAAGAAGUGGUACAAGCAGUACCAGCACUCCUUAGUUUCCAAAUCGGAGGACGACCACAAGACAUAAUAAUCGCGCGAGCAGUAUUCGUAUUUCCAGAGAGCUUAUUAUGCUUUUGUACAAAACAAAAACUUUUAUUGCUUAAUUUUUCUUUUGUAAUUUCAAUUUUUUUUUUCAUCGUCUCUGCGCUCCUACUUUGAGAGGCGCUGUUUCAGAGGCGUAUCGAGACACUUGGGCACGUCCUGUAUUCCGUCUGUUGUACAAAACUCGAAGUAUUAUUAUUACUACCUGUCCGUAUUGCUGAGAAGUUUAUUACAAGUUCCUUCCGCUGUAGACACUAACGUUAAUGAUGCUGCUUUUUUUGUAUAUUGUUGUCAUUUGCGCAUCGGAGCUGAAGCAUGCGGCAGACAGAAACUGUCUCCCCACCUUUCCUUUACACGCUGUUAACAGUAGAUUAGUAGUAACGUCUGACCACAUUAAGCACGUGUAGUCAUCUCCUCAAUGUUUCCAUAAGAUGUUGUAACAGCACAUUUAACUCUCGCAUGUAAGAGAAAGAACGCGAAUAAAAUAAUACUUUAAAUAUUAAGAGUAAAUACAGUUUAACACUUUUGUAUCGCUCUGUGUUUACCAUGAACGCAAAGGAUUUACUACGCUGUGACCUUAGUAGAGCUGAGAUGCUGUCAGUGAAAUAGAAUGUUUGUCACCCGCAACACACGGCCCAAUUUUGGGUAUAUGUUAAAGUCUACACCAAUUAUUAUGCAAUAUACUGGGUGUAACUAAAUCCCCUUACAGAUUUUGAGGUCAGGUUCCUUACACAAAAGAAGAAAAAAUAACUGGUACCAUAAACUAAAAUAUCUAGUACCAAAAGAGCUCAAAGCAAUUGUUCGUCUUUGAUUCUGUGAAACAACUCUUCUACUGAAAGCUCUUUGCAUACCAUAUGUUGGGAGGGGUUAGUAUGGACCAAUAUGAGAAAAAAAUGUAAGAAACAUGGCCUAUAAAAUGCGUACCUCAGGAGAUACGAGCACUUGACAUAUAGGUUUUUUGAGUAUCGUACCGUGUCAUAAUGUAAAAUAAAAGAAAAAAGAAAAAAACAUGCUGGAGAAACCAAUAUUUCGGUCACUGUUACAGUGACCUUCUUCCGACUCUAUCGAUGUGCUUUAUCUAUGUGCAAUCGCUUAUAUUUAGACAUUGUUGAUGGCUGAUCAUAACGUCACGUCAUAAUUCUGAAAGGUCGUUGUUGUGAUUGGUCACUUGAGGCGGACGGAGGGGAAACUUUAUUUAAAUAGGUUGGUGCGGGGCAGGAAGUGGGAAUCUGCUGUUGUCUAUCGCUUCUUACAUUGUUGAAAAGGAUUUCGGGCUUACAGCCGGUCGUCGCAAACUUCAUUGCAAGAUAUUUCGGCUGGACAACUGACAGCCACCUUCAGGUGAGCCGAACGAGGACUGACGAAGACGUUCUCCGCUCCGUCAUAUAUAGUGCGCUGAUGGUACAGUCGUGCAUGCGUUGCAGUCGCGGAGACAGAAGGACCACACCGCCCAGCGACAUUGCCCUCGCUGGUGGAACUGCAAGAUACAGGUCCUACGGAGAAGAAAAGUUACUGCAGUUUUUUCAUCAUCUUAACUCCAUCCAUGAGAAUAUUGGAUUUACUAUGGAACUAAAGAAAAAUGGUUGCCUUCCAUUCGUGGAUGUUUUGGUUAAACGGAAGAGUGACAGCUCGGUAGGACUUUCUGUUUAUCGUAAGCCGACUCACACUGAUUUGUACUUGCAUUCUUCGAGUUGCAGAGGAUUUGUCUAAGGAACUUGCACAUUUAAGGACGGUGUUAAGAGACAAUGGAUACUCGACCUGACAAAUUAAGGCUUUCUCAACUAGAGCUAGGAACCAGGAAGUGGAUAAAGAGGAGAGCGCGCCAGCCAAGUCCCUAGCUUUUCUUCCCUUCCUUCAAAAUAGCGAGGAUUGUUAAUACUUUUUAUGUGAAAGUGAUUUUUCUUUCACCUUCUAAGAUUUCGGAUUUGCGGGGAUCGGUGAAGGAUGAUGUGUUAGUGCGGAAGGCGGGAAUUUACAAAAUACCGUGUCAAUGUGGUAUGGUCCAUAUAGGAAAGACAACGCGUACAGUGGAAGAGCGUUGUACGGAACAUCAACGUUUCGCUCACCUACUGCAACCCAGUAAGUCUGCAGAAGCGGAACAUUGUAUUUCCAACGUACGACAAAACUUCGAUUUUGGCCAUAGCAACAACUUUUUGGGACUCCAUUAUCAAAGAAUCCGUUGAAAUGCGCAUCGCGGGAAAUCUGAUGAACCGUGACAGUGGUACCAACUGAAUAACGCGUGGAGUCCCGUCAUUUCCGAAAUUUGAUCGAGACGAAGGCGCCAGGAGACUUCGAUAGUUACGGCCAGUGACCAUACCGACGGCAGCUGAGUGUUGCAGUUCCACCAGCGAGGGCGCUGUAAGCCCGACAUCUUUUUGAACAGUUGAUUGGACGGGAAUUUUUCAAAUUUUGCUUCUUGCAUUGUUUGUUACUGUUGGUUCUCAUCGGUUAAUGGGUGUGGGCUCCUGUUUUCCACCUGCUGGAUGCAGGCCGCAGGCAGCGGCUACUCGCCUACAGACCUCGCGUCACUUGUUGGUGGUGCCGUCUGUUCGACUCUGAGGAUUGGCAGCCAGGAUGGGGCCAGCCUGUAUCCAGCCUCUCUCCUCAUGUUCUUAUGGGGUUUUAUUAUUUCUAUGGCUUCUCUGAUGUUGCGUUUCGAAAAGAUCUGCUGCCUAGCCAGAAUGCAUGUUUCGUUAAAUUUUACUUUCUUGCCGCAAUAUUUAUGGUAUUCGGCCACUGCAGACAUGCUGUGCUGUCCCAGACGAAUGUAGCGCUCAUGUUUCCGUACGCGCGUUGCCAUGGCCUGCCAGCGUCAUCGAUGUGUACUUCUCCACACUGAACUUCUCUACACCGACAUUCCACCUAGUACGCUUCUUCAGUGUGUAAAGUUUCUGUCUUGUCCUUCGUGGAGCCCAGCAUAUUCCGGACCUUAGAAUUGCUGUUGUAGACAGGCCGGACGCCAACCCCUAGAACAGUUUUACCAAUACAGUCAGUGACAUUUUUCACGUAAGGUAAGCACGCUGCUGGCUCCCGUUUGUCGGUUUCUUACCUACUUCACUUUCUUUUGUUUGUUGCCAUGGCUAUUUGGAUCGAUUUAUGGUUGUAGCCACUGACCACGAACGGUGUACACAGAUUUUUAAGCUCUUGUGUUAGGUUUCGAGCACAGCUUAGGCGCUGCGCAUGGACGGCCAACGGAGGGACACCUGAGUUGUUCUGCAUUGAGUGGUGGUUUGAUUGGGUGUGCAGAUACCUGUCCAUAUGCGUAAGCUUCCUGUAUAAUCUGUGACCCACCGUGCCGUCGCUUGUAGAAAAUCUCGUUUCUCUAACAGAGCUCUUUUACAGUACGACGUGGUACGAUACUCGACAAACUUUUACUUCAACUGAUACUGACCGAGGAAUCCUACUCAAUUGCAGAGAUAUGUUUCACUUCAGCAGGAAGAGGAAGUGCUCAUGAUAGCUCUUAAAGUUAACAUUCAGACCCCAUAUUUACUCGACAUUUUUUUCUUGUUUUGGUCCAUAGUGCAAAGCAAAGAGCUUGCAGUAGAAGAGAUAUGUUUCAAUGUAUAGAAGAUGAACAAGUGAACAUAAGUCUUGAGGUAUGUAUUUUAGAGUCCAAGUUAACUCCACAUUUUUCCUUGUUUUGGUGUAAGAAACCUGACCUCAAAGUAUGUAAAUGGAAUUUAUUUACACCCUGUAUUUUGGGUGAAAUACGUUUUUACAAGGCAAAGCAGCAGUUGUGAUGCAAUAUAAUGGGAACUUCGUAUGUCCUGUAGUAUUAUCGUGAGGAAGAGUUAAAAAUUGUUUUAUUAAUUGGGACAAAUUUACAUCUGUUUGCUUGCGUUCAGAUGUGCAUCUUGUUUCGUUCUGAAGAGUAAAAACGCUUCAUAAACAUACGUCACAUUUUCAAUGGUUUCACAAUUCUUAUUGCUGUGGUCUUGGAGUUGUAGAGAGGACUUAGCAGAUAAAGUUUUGGUAACGAAACCAUAACCGAAAUUAUACCUUUUGGAUAUGAAAGUAGUUUGAAGAUAAAAUCUAUUUACAAUCUUCUGGUUCGUAGCACGCACACAGCGGAGACAAUGAUCUCUCACCCGUAUACUCUGCAGGAAACAUGGCAUGGACAGUGUUUCGAAUACUAGUCGCAUGGUUCUCUUCUACAUCACGAAACAAAUCCUCUUUAAAGUCGAGAGUGUGGCGUACCAGUUUCUCGCAGGCGUUGUUGUAGCCGGACUAAAGUAGUGUAAUUACAAGAGGCACUGAAGACGGAAUCCUAUUCCCCUUCCCAGAUUAUGUGCAUACCGUGAAACAGGACAUUUGAAAGAGUUUCGAUCUUCAAACUCGCUUUAGACCUAAACGGUACAUUUCCGAACAUGGCUCCCGUGCCAAAAUUCUAUCUACUAAGGCCCUUCCACAACACCUAGAAGUCCGAAACAGGAGUUAUCAAACAAAUGAGGAAGAAUCCCCACAAACAUUAAUCUAAUGUCGAAAAUCGAGGAGCUGCCAUAGCAAUGGUCGAGAGUUACAAAAAAAUAUCUCUACUGCGAAUCCACUGAGAGGAGAGGAAAAUAAGGUCCAGUUUCAUUUACCAUUGCCCUUUCCCGCACUAUUUUCGCUGCCAUUAACUGUUGACAAUAAAAUUAGAUACGCCACAGUCUACGUUCCCUUGGUGUCUGCUUGCAAUACGACAUAGUCACGCUCGGCCUAAACCUGCCUAAAGAUAAAUUUAUAUGUAUAAUUGCUGCUCAUGUUUACUGGAGUCGCUGUGCAACGCAAGCUGUAUUAUCGAGAUAUGAGUUUUAUUUGGAAGUGAAACGUAAUUUGUAAAGAAAUUAACUCUUAAAUAACUACCUCAUUUUCCAGAAACUAUUUUCUAGUUUUGUAAUCAUAUGAAAGUUAAUUAUUUGUAGAUACGUUUAUUCAAAUGUGAAAACUGAAAUUGUAACUCUACAGAGCACAUAUUAAAUUUACUGUACAAAAAUCUGGAAACCUUAACUGUAAGACUCUUGUACAGAAAAUACCCUUUUUGUUGUGUAACGUGUAGUCCCAAUACGCAAAAAUGCGCCGAAGAAAGGAUGAAUUCCAUAUAAAACUAUCCUGAAUCCUUCAUGCUUAAAUAGAAACUAAAUUGAAGUGUAUGGUCUAUGUUUUGCGACUGCAUAUCUCUGUUACUUAAAAAGAACGCAUAAUGGUGUCUGUUUUUCGCACAAUUCUUAAAUAUGUAAUGAUUAUAUUGAAGUACCAGACUGAACUGUUUGUUUUACGCUACCGUA